GAAAGGGUGGAAGCGACCGCGCUGCGACUCGCGAUUAAAAGUUGCUUUUUAGUUGUUGUGAAGCUGAAUAUUUCUUCCUUUUAGUGUCGAUCUGUGAACAUGGAGAAACUAACCCGGUGUUUUAUGUCGGCGCUGCUUCUGUCGGCGGUGCUGAGCUCUGGUUUGGCUGAAGAGAAGUUUUUCGGGAACGGAGGUACACUGGAGCUGGGGCCUAACUUCUCCGGUGAGAAGAUCAACACUGUCAUAUGGAAACUAAACAACAAUCUGGUGGCAGAAUGGGUGAAAAGUAUAAAUGAUCUAACGUACUACGACGUGUUUGAAGGCCGAACGAACCUGGACAAAGAAACUGGAAUAUUGGAGAUCAGAAAGAUGAGUUCAAAUGACAGUGGGGUGUAUAGAGUGGAAAUCAACAACAAGGUCCUGCCUGAGAGCUAUAAUGCUAAACUGAUCAAGGAGGUGACAAAGCCUGUUGUGUUGCUACAACCACUGACAUGUUCUGAUGCAUCGGUAAACUGCAGCCUGCUCUGUGAGGGAAACACUGAGGGGGCUGGACCUGUCACCUACAGCUGGAAGAAGGAUGAAGGAAUAUGGGAGGAUGGGAAGAAGAUCAGAGACAUCACCAAAGAUAAGGAGACACAAAGUAUUAAAGCGUUUUCCUGCCGGAUGAAGAACCCGAUCAGUGAGAAACAAAGUGACCCCAUAGAUAAUGUUUUCUACAGCGAAGAUGUUGUAGUACCUUCUAACGUUGGGGGCAUUGUGGUUGCUGUGUUAGGUGUUCUCACAGCUGUAGGCGUCCUUGUGGGAGUCGGGUAUUGGAAAAGAGAGGCUAUAAGUAAAAAGGUGGAGUCAUUGAGAGGUCAUGAUAACAAUAAAGAUGUAGAGACUGGAGUGCCUCUAGUCAACGGGAGGUCAGAUGAUGCUGGGCCUGCUGAUGGUCCUGGUGCAGAAGCUGGUGGAAAACCUGCAGCAUCUACAGAGGAAGCUGGUGGAGAACGUGAUGCACCAUCUACAGAGGGAGCUGGUGGAAAACCUGCAGCAUCUACAGAGGAAGCUGGUGGAGAACCUGUUGUACCAUCUGCAGAGGGAGCUGGUGGACAAAGUGCUGCAGCAUCUAAAGAGGAAGCUGAUGGAGAAAGUGCUGCAGCAUCUAAAGAGGAAGCUGGUGGACAAAGUGCUGCAGCAUCUAAAGAGGAAGCUGAUGGAGAAAGUGCUGCAGCAUCUAAAGAGGAAGCUGAUAGAGAACCUGAUGCAGGAUCUAAAGCAGUAGCUGGUGGAGAAACUGUUUCAGCAUCUAAAGAGGAAGCUGAUGGACAAAGUGCUGCAGCAUCUAAAGGAGAACGUGUUGAGGCAUCUGAUGCAGGAUCUAAAACAGAAGCUGAUGACACCCCGUUGUAACCUGAACCUCUGAUCCACCAGACCUCAGACUGCUGGAGUUUUUUCUGCGUAUUGACCAAAAAAACAGUGUUCAUGUUUUUAUUUGGCCUCGUGGACUGUUACAGUGAAGACCCUCCUGACUAUCCGCCCAGAAUAUGUGGAGCUGAGGAUCAAUGGACGAUGUGAACAUUUGUUAUUGUUUCAACACACACACACACAUGUUGUUUGUACGUGUGCAUGUAAUGUGUGUGUAUGUAUGGGUAAGAAGGGAAGAAGAGAGGAUGGAUAUCUAGAUGGGUGUGUAGCUUCUAUUCAACAUGUGAAACAUAAAAACAGCGUAACAGUCCUUUAGUCUUACUUGGCAUUGAUCCAAGCAUGUAAAAAAAUGUUUAAAAAAAAAAGAAGCAUGCUUAUAAUUACAUGUCAAUCAAAUGUAUUGAAGUGUUUUAUUUGUGCUGAUGCAAGCGCUUUUAUUGAAUGUGGUUUCUUUGACUUUUAUAACUUUUUAUCAGUGAUGUUUAUUCUGCAUACAGGCAGAAAAAUACUCAUGAGAAAAUAUUCCAUGUUGAUUCAAAGUCCUGAUGAAUCAGAUGAAAGCUUAGCACUUAAAAUCCUUUUAUUAUCAGAGCGGAGAAGAUGAAUUAUUGUGUUUGGACUGCAGUCUUUCCCUCUGAUGAUGCUUCAGUCAAUCGUGCUCGUUAUGAGAAAGAAAGUGAAGAGAUUGUGUUGAUACACAGAAGUGGAUGUUUUGGGAUCACUGCAUUUCAUAAUGUACAAUCAUGCGAAUCAUGUUUUGUAUUGUAAUUUUUCUGAAUGUAUUUUAUUGUAUAUUAUCAGCUGUGAGUUCUGAAUCAAUGAUUCUGUCCAUAUUGCCGACUGUACUUUCUUAUUUAUUAUAGAUAACAUUUUUUUUUUUAAUUAUCUUGGAUUAUUACAGCCUGCUGUGUUUUCCAUGUCUGAGUGCCUGAGUGUCUGAGUAAGUGCCUGAAAAAUAAAUCUAUAAAACUG